UGUUCGAGUGUCGCCCAAGUGUAUGGUUGAAUGUCCAGCACAAACAUAUACCCGAUGCCCAUCAUGCAACUUCAUUUCCAAUGGCCAUUUCCAGAUCUCCAGACUGGUCAGUAGCUUCCAUUAAUUCUUGCAGAAACCCCCACCACAUCAUCAUCUUCUCUCCUUCAUGGAAGACCCUUUCGUUUCUCUCCCCCACAUGCUCCUCCAAUUUCCCUCUUUUUCAUGUCAACUCUUCCAGUUGCCCAUCUCCAAUCUUGGAGGAGCCUUCCAGUGCAAAUUUUCCUGUGGUUCAAUGGGACUCGAGUGUUCAAGAUUCUCAAGAACCCGACUCGGAGAAUUUAAACGACUUCUUAUGUGGGGUUCUGCAGGAUCCACGAACUGAACACUUAGCAUAUGAAUACUACAAGAAAGCAACAGAAAGGCAAGAAUUUAAGCCAGAAAAAUCAAUGCUUAAGCUUCUAAUGAGGUACUUGAUAAGAUCAAAGAACUGGGGUUUCAUUUUAUCAGUUUCUGAUGAUUUCGUCAAGUACAAUUCGUUGCCUGAUAGUCAUACUUGUUCAAUACUUGUUAGUAGUUGCGUCAAAGCUAGAAAAUUCAGAAUUGUGGAGACUUUGUUGGAAAUUUUCAAAUCUUAUGGUGAAAUUGCUGUCUUCGCUUUUGAUUCCGCCAUGCGAGGCUAUAAUAAGCUACAUAUGUAUGGCAGAACAAUUUUUGUUUACGAGAAAAUGAAAUUGACAGGAAUUUCUAUGGACUCUGGGAGUUAUUACCAGAUAAUGAAGGCAUACCAGAAAAUUGGUGAUACAGAGAAAGUUCUUGCAUUGUUUCAUGAAUUUGAGAGUAGAAAAUUGGAACAUUCAAGGCCAGUUUUGAUCCAAAUUUUUAGGGUAUUGUGUGAAACUUUAGGGAGAUCGGGCAGAGCUUUUGAAGCUCUUGAAUACUUCGGAGACAUGAGAAAGAAAGGGAUUUUAGGGGACUCUAAAAUUUACUCUUCUUUGAUCUGUUCAUUUGCAAGCAUUCGAGAGAUAAACAUAGCAGAAGAGAUAUUCAAAGAAGCUGAAGAAAAGAAAAUGUUGAGGGAUCCUGAAAUUUUCUUGAAACUUGUCUUGAUGUAUGUGGAAGAAGGGCUAAUGGAGAAGACUCUUGAGGUUAUUGAGGUGAUGAAGCGUGUAAAAAUGAGGGUAUCUGAUUGCAUUUUCUGUGCAAUUAUCAAUGGCUUUGCUAGAAGGAGAGGGUUCCACGCUUCAGUGAGGAUUUAUGAGGAGUUGAAAUCUGAUAACUGUGAACCAGGACAGGUGACCUAUGCUUCGAUUAUAAACGCAUAUUGUCGAACCGGGUUGUAUUCUAAAGCAGAAAUGGUGUUCAUGGAGAUGCAGAAAAAAGGGUUUGACAGAUGUGUGGUUGCAUAUUCUAGUAUAAUUUCAAUGUAUGGGAAGACAGGGAGGCUCAGAGAUGCAAUGAGGCUCGUGGCGAAAAUGAAAGUACAUGGGUGCGAACCAAAUGUGUGGAUAUACAAUUCUCUGCUGGAUAUGCAUGGAAGAGUCAAGAACUUGAGACAGAUUGAGAAGCUGUGGAAGGAAAUGAAGAGAAGGAAAGUAGCACCAGAUAAGGUAAGUUAUACUAGUGUUAUUAAUGCCUACAACAAGGCAAAAGAGUUUGACACGUGUGUGAGAUACUACAAUGAGUACAGAAUCAAUGGAGGCACGAUUGAUAGAGCAAUGGCAGGAAUAAUGGUAGGAGUUUUCUCGAAAAUUGGGCGAAUCGACGAGGUGUUGAGGCUUCUUCGGAACAUGAAAAUAGAAGGUACACAGUUAGAUGGGAGGCUUUAUCAGUCUGCUUAUAAUGCAUUGAGGGACGCAGGCCUGCAAAUGCAAGCAAAAUUGUUGCAGGAAAGCUUUGAGGCAAUGUAAAAAUAGUGCAGGUUUUAUAUAUCAUAGCCAAUUUUCUGCUACUUUUCAAGGCAAUGAAGGGUGAGAAAAUGAAUAUGUUCUUACUUCUUAGGAAUAUAUUGGAUAAAUUAUAUAAAGUGAUGAUUCCAUGUAAGCAAUUUACAAGCAAUGGCAAUCCAUUUUUAUAGAAAUGCACAAAAUGCAUCUUUGGUAUGGAACUUGCAGGUAAUAAUUUAGAAAAUUUUUGCAAAUUUGAUAGAA